AUGGUCGCGCAAUAUCUCGCUCGCAAGAAGGAGUAUCCAGACUGUAUGCUGCUGUUUCAAGUGGGAGACUUUUAUGAGUUCUUUGGGGAUGAUGCAAGACGAGCAGCUCAUCUGCUGAACUUAGCACUGACAAGGAAGACCAAAAAGACGCAACACGCGCUAAGUGCAAUGUGCGGCUUCCCUAUUGGAUCGGUAGACUCGUUCGUAGAGAAGUUGGUGAUGCAUCAUGGUGUUAAAGUGGCAAUUUGCAACCAAGUUGAGCCGGCGUCGAGCGCAAAGCGGAGAGGACUGAACUCUCUUGUAGACCGACAAGUUGUGCGAAUUGUCACGCCUGGGUCGCUGCUGGAAGAUACGAUGCUUACACCAAAGGAGAACAAUUAUUUGGCAUCUCUUUAUUACAAAGAGGGUACAUGGGGACUUGCGUGGGCUGACCUGUCAACGGGCGAAUUCGUGUCGACCACUUCGUCAGGUGAUAAAUUGUCUAGCGCCAUCUUGCGGUGCUCGCCAAAAGAAAUUCUACUGCCUAGUUUGACGGAUGAGACUGAAAUUGAGACAAUGGGCUUGCAGGCUGCCGACAUGCCUCCGAAUGCCGUUGAAUUACUGGAAGCAGUGCUUCCGGACACGUGCAUGAAAACAUUUCGGCCUGCUGCGAGUUUUAUUCCGCAAACACCAAGUAGCAGGCGUCAAGGUCGUGCCAGUACCAUAAAUGCACCUGACUCACCAGAGCAAGCAGCUGUAUCAGCGAUACUGGACUACGUGCGUUUCACUUACCGAGGAUCGAGUGCCUUAGUCCGAGAACCACUUCACGUUGAAUCUUCUGACCACAUGAUUAUCGACUCGAGCGCGUGGAGAGGACUUGAGCUCACAAAGUCGCUUAGUGGCUCAAAAGCAUCGAGUCUACUCCACACUAUUGAUCAAACGACAACGCCUGGUGGCUCACGGCUUCUUGCGGCUCAUUUAUCCUCUCCACUGAUGAACCUCACACUUCUCGAUCGUCGACUGAAUGCUGUUUCGUAUUUCUACGAGCAAGAGCAUCUGCUUCAACGCACGCGGAAACAACUAGCAGAAGUCUUUGACAUGGAACGAAACCUACAAAGGCUUUCGAUUGGUAUUGGCACCCCAAAAGAUCUGAAAAACGUUGCCUCGACUAUUGUUGAAGCCGAAAACUUAGUUGAUCUUGUACGGACUAAUGAGCUUCGUAGACGCAGUCGUCUCCCGGACCUACCUGGAAACAGCGCCUUCAGUUUUCCCACACUACUGGAUGACUGCUGUCAUGGGCUUGUUGCCAAUGAGCAGCAACGCGAGAGAAUUAGAAAGGCUGCUGACGAAAUUCAUGCAGCACUCAAAGAUGAUUACGCAUCGCUCAACUCCAAGAGCGGAUUCGUUCGUGCUGGGUAUUCCCUAGAACUGGACAAAUGGCGAGCUAUUCUGCGGCAUGACCCAAAAUCUCCAGAAAAGCAGGAGUUGCAGGCCAAGUAUCGCGAACUAGUAGGAUCUACGCGGCUACGUGUUGUUUUCCAGGUGGAAAAGGGAUACUUUUGGAUGUCCCGCACGAUGAAAACACAAAACUGCUGA